GGGGAGAGGGAGAGGAAGGGACCGAUUUGGAAAGAUAGCGAGGAGGAGGAGGAGGAGGAGGAGGAGAGGAAACCCAGCCCACACUUUGCCUUCCUGCUGCCUCCUUCUAAAACCUGCAGACUCCUCCAGUCCUUCCCAGCUCCUGGAGUUCCCCCAGCCCUGCUCAGGACUACGAGGGUUUGCUGAAAGAUGAGAGCCUGGAUUUUCUUCCUCCUCUGCCUGGCAGGCAAAGCCCUGGCAGCUCCGCAAGAGGCUCUGCCUGAUGAGACGGAGGUGAUUGAAGACCUCACCACAGAGGAGCCUGUAGGGGCCAACCCUGUCCAGGUGGAGGUGGGAGAGUUUGAGGAGCCUACAGAAGAUGUAGAGGAGAUCGUCGCAGAGAAUCCCUGCCAGAACCAUCACUGCAAGCACGGCAAGGUGUGCGAGGUGGACGACAACAACUCACCCAUGUGUGUGUGCCAGGACCCCUCCAGCUGCCCAGCCACCUCCGGUGUCUUUGAGAAGGUCUGCGGCACCGACAACAAGACCUAUGACUCCUCCUGCCACUUCUUUGCCACCAAGUGCACCUUGGAGGGAACCAAGAAGGGACACAAGCUGCACCUGGACUACAUUGGGCCCUGCAAAUUCAUCCCUGUGAUUCCCAUGGCGCCCAAAGGAAAGGUUUACAGGGGCUCGGUGAAGGACUUCCCAGGCUUCAAUGCCAGCCAGGAUGCAGACGCCUUGUACAAUGCCAUGAAGGGAUUUGGCAGUGACAAGGACGCCAUCCUUGACCUCAUCACAUCCCGCAGCAACAAGCAGCGUGUAGAGAUCUGCCAAGCCUACAAGUCCCAAUAUGGGAAGGACCUCAUUGCAGACCUCAAGUACGAGCUGACGGGCAAGUUUGAGCGGCUGAUUGUAAGCUUGAUGCGGCCUCCGGCUUAUAGUGAUGCCAAGGAGAUCAAAGAUGCCAUUGCAGGUGUCGGCACGGAUGAGAAGUGCCUCAUUGAGAUCCUCGCCUCCCGCACCAACCAGGAGAUCCACGACCUGGUGGCUGCCUACAAGGACGCAUACGAGAGAGACCUGGAGGCUGACAUCGUUGGGGACACAUCGGGCCACUUCAAGAAGAUGCUUGUUGUCCUGCUUCAGGGCGCCAGGGAGGAGGACGAUGUGGUGAGCGAGGACUUGGUGGAGCAGGAUGCUAAGGACCUGCUGGAAGCUGGUGAGCUGAAGUGGGGCACUGAUGAGGCUCAGUUCAUCUACAUCCUGGGCCGGCGGAGCAAGCAGCACCUCCGUAUGGUCUUUGAUGAGUACCUGAAGAUUUCGGGGAAGCCAAUUGAGAGGAGCAUCCGGGGAGAGCUCUCCGGUGACUUCGAGAAGCUGAUGCUGGCAGUAGUGAAGUGCAUCAGAAGCACAGCAGAGUAUUUUGCUGAAAGGCUCUACAAGGCCAUGAAGGGGUUGGGCACAAGGGAUAACACGCUGAUCCGCAUCAUGGUGUCACGCAGCGAGAUUGACAUGCUGGACAUCCGGGAGGUGUUCAGGACCAAGUAUGACAAAUCUCUCCACAACAUGAUAAAGGAGGACACCUCUGGAGAGUACAAGAAGGCGCUGCUGAAGCUGUGCGGAGGGGAUGAUGAUGCUGCAGGUGAGUUCUUCCCCGAGGCAGCGCAGGUGGCCUAUCGGAUGUGGGAGCUUAGCGCGGUGGCCAAAGUGGAGCUGCGAGGAACCGUGCAGCCCGUGGGCAACUUCAAUGAUGAUGGUGAUGCACAGGUGCUGCGGAAGGCAAUGAAGGGCCUGGGCACAGAUGAAGGGGCCAUCAUCGAGGUGCUCACACAGAGGAGCAAUGCUCAGCGGCAGCAGAUUCUGAAGGCCUACAAGGCUCACUAUGGCAGGGACCUGCUGGCAGACCUGAAGUCAGAGCUAUCAGGAAGCCUGGCCAAACUGAUCCUCGGGCUCAUGCUGACACCGGCGCAGUACGAUGCCAAGCAGCUGAGGAAGGCAGUGGAGGGCGCUGGCACAGAUGAGAGCACCCUUAUUGAGAUCAUGGCCACACGGAACAACCAGGAGAUUGCAGCGAUCAACGAGGCAUACCAGCAGGCCUACCACAAGAGCUUGGAGGACGACCUGAGCUCUGACACAUCGGGGCAUUUCAAGAGGAUCCUCGUCUCCUUGGCUCUGGGCAAUCGUGAUGAGGGACCAGAGAACCUCACACAGGCGCACGAAGAUGCCAAGGUUGUUGCUGAGACCCUGAAACUUGCUGACGUUGCCAGCAAUGACUCCAGUGACUCCCUGGAGACCCGCUUCCUCAGCAUCCUCUGCACCCGCAGCUACCCGCACCUCCGCAGAGUUUUCCAGGAGUUUGUCAAAAUGACCAACCACGACGUGGAGCACUCCAUCAGGAAGCGGAUGUCAGGAGAUGUGAGAGACGCCUUUGUGGCCAUCGUGCGGAGCGUGAAGAACAAGCCAGCCUUCUUUGCUGACAAGCUCUACAAGUCCAUGAAGGGUGCCGGCACAGAUGAGAGGACCCUCACUCGGAUCAUGAUUUCCCGGAGCGAGAUCGACUUGCUCAACAUCCGGGAGGAGUUCAUAGACCUGUUUGACAAAUCUCUGUACCAUAUGAUCGAGAAGGACACCUCCGGUGACUAUCGCAAUGCUCUGCUGGCCCUGUGUGGGGGGGAUGACUAGCAGGCCAGGCCAGCCUCAACGUCGUGUCUGAGCCAGCACAUGCACACCCACCGCCUGGAUGUCACCGCAGCUUCGGGGGCUUUGGGGGACGCAGGGGUCCUGCGGAGCACAGCUCGUUUCACACCAGAGAGCAGCACCGCAUUGCGGGAGGGGGGCACACG